AUGUUUAAAUUAAACUUUCUUUUUCUUUUUGUUAUAUUGGUUGUUUGUAUUAUUCAGUUAAUUUUAUCUGAUGAACAAAACUUAGGGUGGCCAAUAGACUUUGAAUAUAAUUCGAAAUCAUUACCAUCAAUAGAAGUUAAAUUAACUGCACCAGAAAAUCCUUUACCACAAGUUGCUGCAGAGAUUAAAAUUUUAGAAUCUUCUAGAUUAAAACUAGAAGAAGGGAUGAUGCAAAAAUUAGAAGAUGAAUAUAAUAAAUCAUUAUCAAUUUCUAAAAUAAAAAUAAAAGAUACAGUUGAAAAAUCUUUAAGUAUUUUUAAUGAUCCUAAUAUGCUAGGUUCAGUUAUUUCUAAUUCAGUUAAAAUGUUAAAAAAAGAAAAUUUGAGAAAAAUUAAAGAAAUCGGAGAUGAAAAAAAUGAUUUAAAAAAAAAGGAAAAGAAUUAUGAAGGAAAAAAUGGACCUUUACCACCACCAGAACUUCGAGUCCACACUUCUUUUUUAGAGAAAAACUAUUUAAACAAAACUAUUCCUUCUGUAAAAAUAUCAUUAUCUGAAAUAAGUGAACCUGAUGUAUCUAUAAAAGAAAAAAUUGAAGAAAUAGAACAAUAUAGAACAGAUGAAGAAGUUAUGAUGUUUGAAACAGCUAUAUCUGAACUUAGCAUUUUGACUGAAAUAACAAUUUUGGAACUAGAGAAACAAAUACAGUUACAAUUGAAUCCAUUUUUAGUUGAUAAAAAAGUUGUUCAUAGAACAUUAGAAAAAGAACUGAAAGAACUUGAAAAAAGAGAAGAAACACAAAAAAUAAAAGAAAAUUUUCAAAAUCAAUCAUCUUUUAUAGAAUAUGAAGAGAAUGAAGAUACAGGAAACAUUUUAAAUGUUAAGAUUAGUCAAACAGAUAAUAGUUAUCCCACGGUUGACGAACUAGUAAUGCAAAUGCAGAAAAAAAGAGAUAUUUCUGAAAAGUUAGAAAGACAAAAAAUUCUAGAGUUACAAAUGAAGUUAUUAAAAGCACAGAGUGAGAUGAUAAAGGAUGCUUUACAUUUUUCUAUUUCUAAAGUUAUAGCUCAAUAUUCGCCAAUAAUAGAGACUCUUAAAUUGCAAACGAUGAAGAUGUUCUAA